AUGGCCUUCAAAGACGAAUCGAAUUGUCAGCGGCGCCCCUCCUCCCGAAGAAGGGGCACCGCGCGAAAAAGAGGGUGGAAACGUCCUCCUGGGUCCGUCGUGGUGUUGUCCGCCGGGGGUGGCGGUGGUGGCGGGGGCGGGGGUGGUUGCAGGAGCCGUGAAUUGGAACGUCGUGGGGGUGGCGGCCGGGGUGCCCCCUGCCUUGCCACCAUCAGCUCCUCUGUUGCGGGGAGCGCGGGGGGUUGCGGCCCGGUCGUGGGUCUACCCUCCUACAAGAAACGACAAGGCAGCGGAGCCGCCUGGGGCCGUGGAACUCGAGGACGCGGGAGAGGUCGCGGGGGCGGCGCGAACCUACUUGGUUCCGGCGUCGCCCCCGCAAACUAUCCUCAAGGACUGCAGGGCGUCGGGCCCGGACUACGGGAGGUCGUGAACAUUUUAGGAGAGAGGAAUCAAGCUGGCACCUUAACUGGUGUCGGACCAUCACCGGGAACCUUGGAUUCAGAGGGCACCGGAGACGAGGAAGAAGGAACUUCCACCAAGAGACCACCUAGGCCUCUCUAUAGGAGGCUAAUCAACUACGUACGACAAGCCUGGACUGGCGUUAAGUUUGCUUUAGACUCAGAAUACGAAGAAGAACAAACGCCAAGAUACAGGCCGGACUCUUUGGCAAGUCUCUGCCGAGCGACAAGAUUCACAGAGGCUGAGCUCAAGAGGAUAUAUCGUGGCUUCAAGGCCGAAUGCCCCACGGGAGUCGUCAGAGAGGAAACUUUCAAGUGCAUCUACUCGCAAUUCUUUCCGCAAGGAGCAAACACCAGCCAGUACGCGCAUUAUGUCUUCAACACUCUGGACCAAGAUCACAGUGGUCUACUCAGCUUCGAGGACUUUGUCAUCGGACUCAGCAUACUAUCACGUGGCUCGAUAGACGAGAAACUACGCUGGACAUUUUCCCUUUACGACAUCAACGGGGAUGGCUGUAUCACGAGAGAAGAAAUGACGGACAUUGUCACGGCGGUCUACGAGCUCAUGGGAAAAUUUGCUGAUCCAACAUUGGACCACGAGGGCGUAAGAGAAAAGGUCGACCGUAUGUUUCAGAAAAUGGAUGGGAAUAAGGAUGGUGUUGUGACACUGUCCGAAUUUCUGGAAGCUUGUCAAGCCGAUCCGGAUAUUUCAACGAGUAUGGCGGCUUUAGACACAGCCUUCUGACACUCGGCACGACCACGAUACACACCAUGGACCUGAAGGGAUCAGAGUCCUUUGGCUAGAAAUCGACCGUUUGGCAUUGUACAGUGCUUCCUGGAAUAGAGGAAGCACCUUUCACGAGGAGACUCGUGUCUCCGUGUCCCAGAGGGUUGGACGUUGCUAUUCGCACGUCGUUUUGGAAUUGAUCGUUUCGAGAAAGAAAAGUGUAGGAGACAAAUAGAACAAGAUAGAAAGAAAGUUACGUUAUAUAUAACGAUAGGAGAAUGGCCAAAAGAUUUCAGGGAAUUUUCAAAGGAAACGUUAAGACGUUUUCUUCGCUACAAAAUAGAAGGAUAGAAAGGGUACCUUUUCUUUGAGAUCCUAUGAGAAAGAAAGGGAGAGAAAGAGAGAAAAGAAAAAUCACUUUCGAUAGUUGUUGAAAAGAGAUGAACGAUGAGAGCGCUAUUUUGGAUUCACUUCGAUGAUGUUUUAACAAUAUAUCUUACCGUGUUACAUGUAAAGUCCGUUUGUAAAAAGCGAACAUAAAAAAAAAAAUUCGUUUGUUGUAGAAAGAAAGAGGAAGAGAGAGAAAGAGAAAACAAUUUAGAGAUAAAAAGAGAGACCGAUAUAUAAUAUAAAAUAUCUUUUCUUUUUCUUUUUCCUCUCUACUUUGUCGUUCUUUUUUUUUUGUCCGAAGACUUUGAAUCGUACAAAAGGGUUUCGCAAAGAAGAAUUCAGUAAGGGUGCCAAAAAAUUAUCGGUGUGUAUGUAAAGAUAUUUGAUUAUCUUAGAAAGAAUUAUCAGGGAUGAUUAAUGAUUAGAAUGAAUAUCGUAAAACGUUCGUUUAUUGGUCGACGAUAAACAAUACGAAUGUGAAGAUGUAUAAGAUUGAAUUUUUUAAACACAUUUACAAGAGCUCAAUAAUUUAUCCUGUUUAAUGGCACUUCUACACUGAGAGAAAAACGUGUUACGUGUUGCGUUAUGUAAAAAAAAAAAAGUAGAAAAAAAAAUACAAAAAAGAAUCAACGAGAGAAUCGCGCAUAUAGAACUGACAUUUUAUAGUUCUUUAAAAAAUCGUACUUAUCAUCGCGAUAGUAGAGAACAAGUGGACACGAGAGACCAAGUUAAGUAUAGGUGGCAUUAAUUUUAGCGGACGCGCGAUAAUUAUAAUACGAUAUUGUACGACUAAGUUCACUGUAAAAUGAAAUUUAUAAUUCCUAGUCACCGUGACCAAAGUACUUACACAAGGCAGCUUACGAUGUGAAAUAGGAAACAAAAAAAAAUUAAAAAGUUAACAAAACUAAACCAAAAAAAAAAA